GUGACAGAUCAUUUUCUUCUAGCACGGUGACAACACCAUGGCUGCGUGUGAUCGAAAAUCAAAGAUCAACUACUUCCGUGGAGCCAGUACUACAGAAAAACCUAAUCUUGAUUCAGAUUCUUGUCGGUCUUCUUGCGUUAGAGUUCGGUCAAAGGGAAAACAACCCGUUGACAUGGGAAAGAAAAGUCGCAAGAAACGUAAGGUUGAACGUGGUUUAGAUGUGGAACCCAAACAAAUGAUUCCACCGGAGUGGCUUUUAGACGUGAUGAGGAGAGAAGAGAACGGCUAUAAUCCAAAGCUGAUCUCAACAAGGAAACUGUUUGCGAGUGAUCUCAACAAACAAAAAGCACGCCUCUCAGUCCCUUUUCUGCAAGUGCAUAAUCCAGACUUUUUGACAGAGCAGGAGAGAAUACACAUACAUGAAAAUGCGAUCGAGCUUCGUGAGGAAGGUGUGAGUGUGGAUUUGGUGGAUCCUAAUAUGAAAAAACAUGCCCUUGAUUUGAGGAAGUGGAAUAUGAAUGGAAACUGGUAUUAUUCCUUUUGUAAAGAUUGGAACCAUGUACUUGAGGCUAAUAAGUCGUUCGAGGUAAACGACGUCUAUCCUCUCUGGUCUUUCCGAUCUGGAAAUGGAAAACUCUGUUUUGCUCUUGUCCCUUCUGAUCAGGAGACAAGUUCCAGCCACGGAGGCGGUUCUACUUCGGGAGAAUCUGGCCGUGAUGGCGCUUCUACUUCCGGGGAAUCUGCUCAGAUACCAUUACCCGUUAAUCAUCCUUCGCCUCCGGCCGGCAAGAGAGAUUCUAGCCACUCCAGCCAAGGUUGUUCAGGAGAGAGCAGCUCUCGUUCUUCCUAA